AUGGCUCUGAUACCAUGUAAACGUUGGCGUGAGUUGGGUACAGAAGCUGAUGGGCUUGAGCUGGACCUGAAUCUUGACGGAGCGGCUGAGUUGGCUCGUCUCGCAGUCUUGAAAAAGCUUCGUGGUCGUCCUGACACAGUCCGCGUAUGCAACGCCGUGAUCAGAGCCAUGUGCCAGGCGAAACAGUACAUUGACGGCAUCUCUCUGUUCCAUUACUUCUUCAACGAGUAUAAGAUCGUCCCUAACAUCGUCUCCUUCAAUCUCGUGAUGAAAGCCUUCUCUGACAUGGGUCGUUUCGACGACGCACUGCAACUGUACCGUCACGCUGCUAAAUUCGGUAAACGUUGGCGUGAGUUGGGUACAGAAGCUGAUGGGCUUGAGCUGGACCUGAAUCUUGACGGAGCGGCUGAGUUGGCUCGUCUCGCAGUCUUGAAAAAGCUUCGUGGUCGUCCUGACACAGUCCGCGUAUGCAACGCCGUGAUCAGAGCCAUGUGCCAGGCGAAACAGUACUUUGACGGCAACUCUCUGUUCCAUUACUUCUUCAACGAGUAUAAGAUCGUCCCUAACAUCGUCUCCUUCAAUCUCGUGAUGAAAGCCUUCUCUGACAUGGGUCGUUUCGACGACGCACUGCAACUGUACCGUCACGCUGCUAAAUUCGGUGCUGACAGACAGACAUACAGGCUGAUGGCCGAAGCCUUGGUCAAGGCCUAUGAGCCCGUAGAUGCUUAUGUUGAAGAUGUUGAUGAUUGCUUCGAAGAGUGGAGGCUCGAAUACAAGGGCAAAACAUGUGAUCGGAUUGCUACGAUAUUCGUGGACUACUCGUUCAAACAUGGCAACGAAGAGAAAGCUAUGAAGUGUUAUAGCUUCAUCCCACAGGGGAAAUGUCUGCGUGCGACCACUGGGAACACUCUUUUGACAAUUUUGCUAUCCAAUGGUAAGAAAACAGAGGCUCGGGAGCUGUUCAACAAGAUGAUCAAAACCAACUGUUUCGAUUCAGAGACGGUUAAUGUAAUGGUGGACGAGUGUUUCAAGAUGGGCGAGUUUAAGGAGGCCAUGUACGUGUUCAACAAGUCACGAGAGGGAAAGAGAAUGGCUAAGUGUUACAGUAAUACGGUCGCUCGACUUUGCGAGCAUGGGAUGGUGUCGGAGGCAGAGGGCUUGUUUGAGGAAAUGAGCUCUUACAAAGACUUGUCCCCUGAUGUGCCCACAUUCAGGUCGAUGAUCAAUGGAUACGUUCGUGCUGGGAGAGUCGAUGAUGCCCUCAAAACCUCGAAAACACUGGCGCUUUUGAACCUGCGCAAGGUUUCCAUCAAUCAGGAUUAG